AUGGAUGAUACUCUCGGGUUCAGUGAGCAAGAGAAGAAGUCGUCAGAUGAGUGGCAUCCUGGUGACGUAGAGGAAAGUGUUUCGUCUGUAACAUCAAAGAUUUGUCCUCAUUAUCAGGACCUGCAAGUACUUCAAAAGAAACAAUUUUUCCUGGACAGACCUUUAAUACCAGCAACGUAUUGGGAAAGGCUAUCCUACUUUAGGAGCUAUGCAACGAUUCAGACUAGAACUAUGUUUCUUUGUGUACAAGAAGAAGACUUUAAAGUGUAUCUCUGGAAUUACCUCAUAAAUGUUUUCUUCAAGAGUUUACCAACCACUUACGUGUACGCAUUUUUUAGUGCGUACGUGCCGGACACGCAUUUUUUUAUUGCGAAGAUAUUUCCCAUCGCUUAUGGUUCAACUGUAGCCUUCAUAAUUACAGCACUUAUAGAUUUAAUUAUGGUAACCUUUAGUACCACAAAGUACCUGGAUUAUGUGGUCCUAGGAUUUCGUUAUCAAAGCCCAUGGAAUAGGUCCCGCAUUGGAUAUUUUCAGGAUAGUAAUAUGAUACAGACUUGCUCUUAUUUUGCCAUACUUUGGGUUGGAGCCACGAUAACAUACACUAUGUUGUUCAAAAGAUUUCUUUGGAAGAGUUCCGAUUUUGAUUUGUUAUCAGAAUCGAUGACAACGCCACCUCUUGUUCAUAUUUUGCAUUCAAGAAGUAAUAUUGAUAAGAAACCGAUACAAGACAGCGCUUUCAUAGUGACGUCAAAUGCUAUAUAUUACACAUUUCGUGGGACUCUUAUGGAAGUUAUAAUAUUGUUCUGCUUGUAUCCUAUGGGUCGUUUGGUCGAUGACAUAACAUUUUUCAACGGAGUUCGUCCUACGAAGUUAAGGAUUUUCAGUUUUUGGGCGGCACCUUUUUUUUAUAUGAUAAAGUUCUAUUAUAUGAUUACUGGACUUUUCAAAGUAGUAAUAAUGACGACUCUGAUCCAAAAAUAUCCAUACUUGUACCAAUACAUCUACAUACCGGUUAUACCGAUGUUUAUCGGGGCCCUGUUUGCUUUUAUUAAAUAUGUCUUGGUGAAGAAAAUGAUUUUAGUUAAAACGGCAAACGGUGACACCGUCUUUGAUUCUAAGAACAAGUGUGGCAAAGCCUAUUUUCAGGGUUGGAUACAAUUGUUUAAACCACUACCAAAUUGGGGGCCAAAAGAUUAUACUCUAAGGCAAUUGAGAAAGAGAUUCGAUUCGCGUUUUUAUAUAACAUCGCAAGCGUCAAGAGAGCUAAGCCGAUACCUGAUAGAGAAAUCGGAACUAAACGAGUAUAAAUUGGAUGUCCUAUAUGAAUCUCUCUCACGACGACCAAGUCUUAAACCUCAAAUUAACUUGGAGACUGAGAAAAAUCAAUAA